AUGAAAGAAGUGUGGAUUUGGGAUCCCGUGGAUGCCAACGCCGCUUUCCAGCAUCCGCAGGAACCACCCGAAAACAAUCUGGUGAUGGCCAAAGAGUGCUUCAUGGACGGGAAGAUCGGGGCGCGCCUGAACAAACUGUCCAGGGCUACGCUGGUGGACCAGAAUGGCUCUAUUGCCAUGGUCACCCGCGAGGACGGCAGCAGACACGAGGUGCCCAGGGCCCGCCUGUUACAGUGGUACGAGGGACUUCUUGUCUUGCAAGAGCUUGAGGCGAAAAGUGAUGCAGGUGUCACUUGGUUUGACGACCGUUGCCGCGAUCUCUUGAUCCAAGCGCGCAAGAAGUACAAGUCCGGGAUCCUGGGCAGCCUCUAUGUCGAAAGGAAGCUCCUGAAUAUUUCUGUCACAGGUAAGCGGUUGGAUGCAGAGGGCCCAAACUUUACCCAUCGGCGGCCAGAGGUGAAAGAUGUGGAGCUUCCUGCAGAGGGCGAGGAUGAGGCAGUGCCGGGCCGGUUUAGCAUCGUUGACAUCACUGGCUACAUGCCCCCUUGGGAGGCUUGGUGCCACGAGCAUGCUGGCUUUUACCAAGACUUCUAUCAGGUGCAGUGGAAGAGCGAUAAGGGCACGGCCUGGGCAGGAAUGAAUUUCUCAAAAGUGGAGAACGGUGCCGUCGAAGCAGGUUCGACUUGGGAGCCUGACGACUGUAUACCGCCCAGCCUUGAUGGCAUGAGGUUGCGCGAAAAGACGAGGUGGUUCAAGCGCAAGCGCGUUCAGGAGCAGAAGGCCGAGAAGGAGCUUGCGGAAGCCACGAAGUCGAAGCGCCCUCGAAACGAGAGCUCGUCGAGGCUGCCCGAGCCGCCGGCAAAUCUGGGCCGGUACAGGCGCAAUGGCAGUGCGCUUAUGAAAGACCUGUUCCUUCAGAUUGGCCACGACUUCGAUCGAGCUGAAGCUGAAGCAAGCAAAGAUGUUUGCAGUGGCUGGCCCAGGAAAGCCGAGGACUAUCCCCCCGGCUAUGGAUGCGCAGACCCACCCGGAAUCUGCCAUGCCACAUGUGAUUGUAUGGACGAGAACAAGUUGCCGGAACAGACGAAGGCGUGGCUCGAGGAUCCGAGACGCUCCUCCGAUGCGGCCAUGGCCAUUCACAAUCUGAGCCUGCAGAAGCACUUCGUCGCACGAAGGGGCUCGGUUUCGAAUUGGCACCGCUUUGAGCCUGUCCAGACGGGCCAUGCAGACCAGACGACGCACGCGAAGGCGGCGCUGGAUCUUUCCAAAGUUUUGGAGGAGUCGGUCCGAUCGGUGCUUAAGGACCUGCCCAUCUUGGCCCUCCAGCAGAGCGGAGAUUCGGUUCGAAUCCCAGCUGGUGCCCUACUCAAGCCGUCCGAGGAUUAUGUGCCGGUACAUUUCCAGCUGUCACAGACCGCCGCUGCUCGACAAUGGCUAUCUCUCAGUGAGGAUGGCAAGCUAUCUCUCAUGGGGAACGGCCCGCCAAGCCGGCCGGCGCCUUUCAGAGUGGAAUUCCUCCACUCGGAGGGAUUGACUGCUGUGGUGGACUGCAUGGUCACCGACACCCAGCAGAAGCCCUGGCUGUCGGCUUCGGCAACAAUCGCGGCGCGGUUCACGAAUGUGGCGCUCUGUCCUUUGUCACGCAACGUUCGCGUGGUUCUGCAAGAGCAUCUUCGAAAGAUGUUCAGCUUCGAAACGAAGGUGGCGAAGGAAGUUUCCCUUGGCCGCUGGCUCGAUGUUGCGGACAUGCUCAUCCGCAUGCUCAGGACGACAGCAACGGUUGACAUCGUGAAGCCCGAUGCUCAAACCUCUCGGCCACCUCCACGAGCUGCGGCUGUCGCUCGAGCUGGAUAA